AACGUCACGCGUAAAUCAAACCGUUAUUUUUGUUUAUUUAUUUUCUCAAUUUUUGUUUUAUUUAUAGUUUUUACAUUUUAAAUUACAUUUUUCUGCUAUUUAUAAUGAAGGUCGUUUAAAUUUAGUGCCACUUUAAGUCACCGUUACCUGGGAAAAGUGCCGAAAAUUUAAUUAUCUUACAGAAUCCUUUUUGACAGUCCCAAACAAGGUUUUGAAAUAAUAAUUACAGGAAGAGGAAAAACACGUUUUUUUCUUUAGGGGUUUUAUUACUUAAACUAGGACCGAGAUGGCUUCCAGUAACACCACAACGCAACAAGGAAAGAACAGCAGCACAUACGAAGCAAUAAACAGAAUAGGACGAGGGGCUUAUGGGACAGUAUACAAAGCCCGGGACAAGCAAACAGGGCUAGAAGUGGCAUUGAAAAAGGUCUGUAUACCGAUGACGGAAGACGGAAUACCCAUGAACACUUUAAGGGAAAUCGCUUUGCUGCAACAACUAAACCAUCACGACCAUCCGAAUGUUGUUAAACUGUUGGAUAUUUGCCAUGGACAGCAGAUGGGCAGAGAUCUAAUGAUGUUUUUGGUGUUUGAGCAUGUGGAACAAGAUUUGGCCAUGUAUAUGAGUAAAAACCCAAAGGGGUUUAGUGUUUCCCAUAUAAGAGACCUUUCAAGGGAAAUUGUUAACGGGGUGGACUUUUUGCACAGCAACCGGAUCGUUCAUAGGGAUUUAAAGCCGCAAAACUUGCUUGUUACUAAGGACGGACAUAUCAAACUUGCCGAUUUUGGUUUAGCCAAGACAUACGAUUAUGAAAUGAAACUGACAUCUGUUGUGGUAACUCUCUGGUAUAGGGCCCCAGAGGUCCUUUUUGGACUGCCGUACUCCUCGGCUGUAGACAUAUGGAGUAUCGGCUGUAUUAUUGUAGAACUUUACACGAGGAGUCCCUUGUUUUGUGGUAAAUCUGAAAACGAACAGCUGACUGAAAUAUUACGGGUGCUAGGAAAACCUCCGAAAAACGAAUGGCCAGAGGAGCAUGCCCCAAUUAAAUGGAACGCUUUUAAUGUCGUUGAUAAAGUGGAUAUUAAAUCGUUGGCUCCCAAUAUGUGCGAAAGUGCUCUCUCGUUGAUAAUGAAAAUGCUUACUUUUGACCCCAACAAGAGGAUCACCGCCCUAGAAGCUUUAGGAGAGGAUUUCUUUUUGGAGGAACCCCUAAAUACAUAACGCUGCUUUAUCGUCUAUUUAUAUAAUUUUACUUGUAACGUUUAGGUUUCGUUCCUUAUUGCCUUAAAAUCGGGGUUUUUUUAUCAAACAUAUACUAUACUAGUUUUUAUACAAUUUUUACAUGAAAUAUCCAUAGAGAAUAUAUUUUGAAUAACUUUUUACUUGUAAUAUUUAAGUUUUAUUCUGGAAUUUUACAGUAGGUUUUAAAGUAUGUAUAAGGUACCUAUGUUUUAUUGUUAGAAUUGUUUAGGUUCAUAAAAUUUUAAAACAGA